CUUGAUUUGUGUCUACUCGCUUGACGGAGGGACGGACGCGCUUUCCAUCUAUAGAGAAUAAGUGUUUUGGCAGGUGCGUAUCCUACAACAACCUCCAACCUCAAUCUUAACCAUAUUGCCCACCCCGAUCGAUAUCUUUGAGUCUUGCUCCGUCCUCUUGUUCUAGUCCAUAAAACUUGGUUUGAAACGCGUCACAUCCCAUUCAUUGUCGAGGUUCAACCUUACCCCUUCCCUUGCUUUCUGUUCUUCUCCUCUCCUAUCCUCUUUUAUCCCAGCCGCCAUGGCUAGAUAUGAUAUCUCUGCUCUCAUGGGGAUGCGCUGCAAUGCACGGAUCGAUAUCAACAGAUUCAGUGAGGUUGGCAGCAACUUGCUCCGCCAACAUAGUACGAGCGUGUUGUCCGAACAAUCCAUCAACCGGUCAAGAAACGUAUCGAAUUUCUCGCGUCAGAGUGAAAGAACAACUGCACCCCCCGAACUCCCUUUGAGAUCUACCGCACGUCAGCCAAGUGAUCCACCGUGCAGCCAUCGUGUACAGAACAACUCAGGCUUUGCUCAGUUUCUCAAGGAACACACAUCCCCAAAGCAUCAACGUGUCACAGCCGGGGGUCGAAUUGUUCCGAUGGAGGCACCCCCAAAGAUGAAGCUGCCUACGUACCAGCAGCAGCAGAAAAUCGGUGAUGACAGGAAAUGCUUGGUUACAUCUGCAGCAGAGAACCAAAAUGAUUUCGAGCAGGAGACUCUACCAGCCAAGGACACGGCUGAUGGCAUCGGACUUUCAAGACAUGGUUCCCAGUCUGCUGGUGUACCUGUGAAUUGCAUCUUUCCCCCUUAUGGAAGCUUUGAUCCGUACCUGCAGACCUUAGGACAAACACCAAACCUUCUCUCUGCUGCAGGGCCUUCAGGAUUGCUCCAUUCGCUCGCCAUGCCAUGGCCGACUGAUACCCAGCAGCUUCUGGAACCUGAACUGCAAGCCCCAGAGUAUCAUAUACCUGCUGCGCCGGAGUUUCCGAUGUUGAACUAUGCAAACCCAUGUAUUUGGCAGCCGACUUUGUAUGAUGUCCUGAGCCCCCCAAAUCCAUUACCCCACUUUUCUCCCUCAGUCCAGCCGCAUCCGACAAUCUCAACGGCGUCGGACUUUUCGGCCGGCAGCAUCGCUAGUAGUGGAGGUGCUACGCCUUUAAUGAGCCCGUUUUACUCAGGAUAUGGCAUGCCCUGUACGCCUGCAGCAAAUCAAUGGCAUCAGCUCAUCAACGGGCAAGUGGGGAUGCAAUCUCAGCAAGUUACACCCGCCGUGAUGCCGACUCCCCUCUACCAGAAGUCUCUCAAUGAUGCGACUAAGGAGCACGACAACCUAUCGGCUCAACUCUCACGCUUGGACAGAUACAUGGCGAUGCACACCUGGGAUCUAGACCCUCCAACUAAGCAGCUGUUGGUCGAGCAACGUGUCGGUCUGGUUAAAGAACUGGAUACAGUCCGCAUUUACAGAGAGCAUCUUGAAUUCGCCUCUGCAAAAAUCAGAAUGAACACGUUGGGCAGCCAUGCGGGCAUGUCGGAAUCAGCACCUCCUACCGGAAUGUAUCUUGCCGGCAAUGCUGCGAAUCACCCAGCUUUGUUCGGACAAGCCAUAUGCAGUUCCAGCUCAGAUAGCGUAGUCCCACCGUUCGCUAUGCCGCGCCUGGCAACAGCAUUUCCACCACAGCUGUCCAGUCACGCGACAGGGAGUUCAACACCAAUGCCAUUGAUGCCAUGGCAAGGGUCGACUGAUUAUUUUGGUCAUCUUCCAGGAUCAGUACUGCAAGAGGCAAAUACGAGCAGCAAAGCACCCACGCAGUCACAGAGACUGAAACCGAGAAGACCAAUCUCUAUUAAGGUACCGCCCGCGAACCCCAAGAAUGAUACUACAUCCGACAACAAAGCACAAGGGGCGAAAGGCAAUGAGACUUCUUGGACAACAUGUAGCAAGGAUCUGCCUCCAGAGGUUCUGCAGGUAUAUCGUCAGAUGGGAAAGAUCACCCGGCAAGGAAACUCCCUUGACGGUCUGCUUCAGGACUUGAAAUUAGCCGCUGAGCCGCCGGUCAAGCAGACCCCCGAUGGGUACUAUCAACCAACCUUUUCGGCUGCCAAUGUCAUUGGGGAGCAGAGAGUGACGACUCAAAUGAGUGAGAAAGCCGGUGCUGUCCAAUCCAAGUCCGCUGAUUUCUCGGGGCCGGACUACUUGAGGCAGCGCUCUAACCGGGACUCCCGCAAGUAUCGCAAUCGGCCUCGGAGCCAUGAAGACGUGGACAAGAGUCGUUUUGUUGCUGUGGAGGAAGAAGAUGCCCGCUCUAUGUUUUCCUAUGUCUCGACCACAGACUCGUGGGCCACUGUGCAUGAAAGAGAAGGCGAGGCCUGUCACAUGAAAGGUAUGACGUUGCUUAUUGAUUGUGGCAGAACGCUGAUGGGAAUAUGUUACAGGAGCGCCGGUUCUGCGAAGCGUCCUACGACCCCGUUCUUCGAGAUUCCCAACUCCGUGACCCAGCUCGCUCUUAUGUCUGGCUCUGGUGGUCUCGGCAAUCCCAGGACGGCGCACAGGCGGAGCGGCCCUGCCCUUGCAGACGACCCUCUACAGUCCAGACAACGGAGCAAUGUGGAUAGUGUGAAGCAUUCCUUCUCGCCGCUCCUUGCACCGUGCCUGAUAAAAGAUCGCGGCCUGGCUGGACCAAAGACGAUGGCCUUGGCAGUUCCCCAGAAUGUUCAUGCACAUGGCAUCCUGCCUCACUUUGCCCGCAUGGAAGAUGUGCCUCGAAAGAGCAGGGCAGCUCCGAUGACUGGACAUGAGGUUAACCACGAGUGGCAGCCGCAUCAAGUCCAUGAUCACAAACAGAAAGACAAUCUGUGGUACAAGCCAGAUAGAAGGAUCGGAACCUAG